UUUCUUUUCCUUUUUCCCCUAUAUUUUAUUAUUUCAUAAUUGUAGCUCUUCUAUACACGCACAAAAAAGAAAAGGUUUGAAAGUGAAAUGCCAAACCAUAUGUUACCUGUUUUGUGAUUUAGGUAAACGCAAGGAAAUUUUCAAACUAACAUUUCACAGUUAUAACAUCCACCAGUCAAAACCUCACUUAGUUGGAAAUAAUUGUUUGAAAUUUCUAAACGCUCACACAAGUAUAUACAUCCAGAUGAAAUCAAACUAUACUAUAUAAAAAUAUCAUAAUAAUUGAAGGUUCCACCUAAAAUAGAAAUCCCCAUCACAACAUUUUCUCAUCACUCACGCUGGCUAAUAUUUUUGGACAUUGUCUAUACAACUAUAAAUAAUGGACAUUUUGGAGAUGAAAAUAUCUGUGAAUUGACAUCAAUUUAGAGAAGCAAUAUAAUAUGGCUGAAGAGAAACACCAACACCAUCACCAUUUGUUCCACCACAAGAACAAGGAGGAUGAGGGUGGACCAGUUGAUUAUGAAGAAGAAGUGAAGCACCACAGCCAUCUCGAGAAGAUUGGUGAACUUGGUGCUGUUGCUGCUGGUGCUUUCGCCUUACAUGAGAAACACAAGGCAAAGAAGGAUCCAGAGAAUGCACACAAGCACAAGAUAGAGGAAGAGAUUGCAGCUGUUGCUGCAGUUGGGGCAGGUGGAUUUGCAUUCCAUGAACAUCAUCAGAAAAAAGAUGCCAAGAAAGAAAAAAAGGAAGUUGAGGGUGGACACCACCACUACUAAUCAAAUUUAACUUUUUUAGGCACCUAUGGACUCUAUGUUUGUCUAAUAUAAAUAAAUAAAAGAUACUACUAUAUAUGUGUUUUCUAUCCAAUUUUAAUAUCUCUCUAGAUUGUAUGAUUUGGUGUUUCUAUGUUAAUCUCACUAUGUAAUCCUUUGUCUAUGGAUUAAUUUGCUUUUUGAGUGUUAUUUCUUAUAUUU